UGGGGGAUGAUAACUACAGUAUGGCAACCCGAUCCUAUUUGUUAUUGUGCAGUACACGAUUAUCAUUUAAAGUUAGAAGGCACACGCCUUAACUGUAUGAAAUAGAUAUAGAACCGAUAAGCCAUCAAAUCACUCCAGGCGGAAUGGGCUCUGGCGAAAGUACUACGAGAAAAGUGUCUUUCGGUGUGGACGAUGAGGACAGAGUCAGGAUUCUUCGCGGAGUCAAGCUUUCAGAAGAUGUUCUCCAGAGGAUGAGGGGUGUGGCCAACAUUCCUCCACAGCCUGCACAGAGAGACACAGGUUCCUCUUUCAGUGCCAGCUCCAACACCCGACCCCAGCAAAAGCCACAACCCCAGACCCAGUCAAGCACCCACUCCAGAAGCACCGGCAAAACAACUUCAAAAGUCAAGGAAGAAUCGCUCAGAACUGAUCGCCAGCAGAGUAAAGUGAGGGAGGACUUGGCCCAGAUAAGAGAGGCGGAGACAAUUAAGUCAAUGAGUCAGGAGAGACAACACAAUCGCCAGGAGGCUGAGAAGGCCAAACAGUUGGCUCAAGAGCUCCAAAAGAAAGAGUUACGACUGAAGGCACUGGACGCAUUCUACAAGCAGCAAGUAGCUCUCCUGGAAAAGAGGAAUUUGGAAAUAUAUGAACAGAGCAAGGAGCAGUUCCACCAAGCUGCAUCCAAGACAGAAUCCAUUGUGAGUUCUCGGAACACCGACGGCGUAUGUCCCGGCCUGCAAGCUCAGCUUUUAUCAUGCUACAAGGUGAACGGAAAACAAACUUUAAGAUGUUCCGACCUGGCCAAAGAAUACAUGCAAUGCAUCAAUGCCGCAAAAAGGAACUACUUUGUCAACCAUGGAUGAAGAUGGAGAAUUUCUGACAAUGGCUUUUGCUAUACCUCUAAGAGCAUCACCCUCCAUCACAAUUUUGUGUUGAAUUAUGGCAGAUUUGAGUUGCUUACCUGUUAGCAUGCCUCGUUCCUCAAAUGUCUUUGGAUGCUAUUUAUCGGCAGUAAUAGAAAUUCUGCUAUUAUUGGGCACUGCUACAUUUUACACAGUACAAGAAAAAAAGUCAAUAGUGGCGGGUUCGAGGUCUGACUCAAUACAAUUUGGAAUCAAUCUGUUACAAGACCAUUAGAGGCCGUUUGCCCGAUUUAAACAAUAAAGAUUCAUUCAAGGCUCUUUUAUGCACACAUGAACUUCAACUUCACUUUGCGUCCAGAUUUCUGCUGCUUGUGCUGUGAUAAAAAAGAUGAAUGUAUGGGGACUGUGCUCGGCAUUAUUAUUUAUGUAGAUGGACCGCUUUGAAAAUUUUGUGGUUUUCUAUUUCACACAGGAAGUUUUGUUUUGUGCAACAGGCCUGUACAGUAUUAUUUGAUUUUAUUAAACUAUUUAUAGUUUA